UUCUCAAAAGAUUCAUCAGGAGCCUGUCACUCACUGUCUGAGGUAAAAAAAAAAAAUCUGGAAAGUAGAGGACUUCAGUGGGGGGUUGAUGAUGCUCCUGUUACCUCUUCUCACCCUAUUCUUGGUGAAACGAAGCCAUACUCGGACCCACUCGCUGAGAUAUUUUCGUCUAGCUGUUUCCGAUCCUGCCCCCGGAGUCCCUGAAUUUAUCUCUGUUGGGUAUGUGGACUCACACCCUAUCACUACAUACGACAGUGUCACUCGACAGAAGGAGCCAAAAGCCCCAUGGAUGGCGGAGAACCUGGCGCCUGAUCACUGGGAGAGGUACACUCAGCUGCUAAGGAGCUGGCAGCAGACAUUCAAAGCAGAGCUGAGGCACCUGCAGAGGCACUACAACCACUCAGGGCUUCACACCUACCAGAGAAUGAUUGGUUGUGAGUUGCUGGAAGACGGCAGCACCACAGGGUUUCUCCAGUACGCAUAUGAUGGACAAGAUUUCAUCAUCUUCAAUAAAGACACCCUCUCCUGGUUGGCUGUAGAUAAUGUGGCUCACAUCACGAAGCGAGCAUGGGAGGCCAACCUGCAUGAGUUGCAAUACCAAAAGAACUGGCUGGAAGAAGAAUGCAUUGCCUGGCUAAAGAGGUUCUUGGAGUAUGGAAGAGAUGCCCUAGAAAGAACAGAGCAUCCAGUGGUAAGAACAACUCGAAAGGAAACUUUUCCAGGGAUUACAUCUCUCUUCUGCAGAGCGCAUGGCUUCUACCCACCAGAAAUUUCCAUGACGUGGAUGAAAAAUGGGGAAGAAAUUGCCCAAGAAGUGAAUUAUGGAGGGGUGCUUCCCAGUGGGGAUGGAACCUAUCAAAUGUGGGUGUCGGUUGAUCUGGAUCCUCAGAGCAACGACAUUUAUUCUUGUCAUGUGGAGCACUGUGGUCGUCAAAUGGUUCUGGAGGCCCCUCAGGACCCGGGGAACAUCCUCCUAGUGGUGGUCAUGAUUUCUGGAACCACAAUUCUCAUCAUUGCCCUGGCUGGAGUUGGUGUUCUGUUCUGGAGAAGAAGGUCACGAGAACCAAAAGAAGUCAUGUACCAACCUGCCCAAGUGAAGGAGGGCAGCUCUCCCUCUUAGGAGACAUGAUCUCUGCUCUCAGCCCUGCUGUCUUCACAGAAGAAUUCCAACUGACACCAGAUACCGCAUCUCGACU